AUGGCUGUGGCUGUCGCUCCGUGGCUAGCUGCUGUCGCUCCGGAGGCAGUUGAGGUGUUACCAGUGGUGGCUAGUGUAAAUCCUGUAGCGUUGGGGCUUAUGCUCGGAGUAGGAGCGGGAGCUGCCGUUUUGACACUGCUGUACACUGAGAUCCGUAGUAAGACCAGGACCACUAGUAGCAGCAGUAAUAACAGCAACAACAAUAAUAACUGUUGCUGUCCCUGUCACAUGGCGGAGGGUCUUUUGAAGACGUUGAAGCCCCUAAUUAAAAAAGCAAUAAAAGAAAUGUUAAUGAAGCCAUUAGACCCGGAAGCAGAGAAAGCAGCAGAUGAUGUGAUAGCAGAGAUUGAAAAAGCAAUAAGUGACUGUGGCUGUGACGGCAAGCUGAAGGAGAUAAUAAAAAAUAUAAUAAAAGAAAAUAAGGAGACAAUAAAGGCACUACUAAAAAAAGGAUACAAGGAGGUAGCAGUUGGCAGAGAAGCUGGAGAAAUAGCAGAACAAGUGACAAACUACAUUGAAAUGAAAAUAAAAGACAAGUUGUCAGCAUGCAACUGCUGUGGCCAGAAGAGAGGAUAAGGAAGAAGAAGAUGGCGAACGGAGCAAGCGGAGCUGUACGUGUGUCCAUGCAUGGU